AUGUCUCUUCCCAGGUCCACCAAAGAACUGGCUCAGGAUGCUAGUAAUUAUGAUUACUCCUCGCAUACGCCAUUCCAGAUGUGGGUGAUCACCUCCUCUAGAAUGCUACACCAUGCCCACUCCUAUGCAGUACAGAAGUACUACGAGGAGGCGUAUAAGCUGUACGUGCGAUUUCUCAAUCUAAUGCUGACACAUCUUUACUCGCAUCCGGAGAUAGGUAUCUAUAAAAAUGCAUUUUCGGUGGAUAAGACAUCCAAGGAUGGGAAAGUCUAUGGUGACUAUCUACGGCUGAAGGCCAAGAUCCCAGAGAUAAUGAAGGAGUGCGAGAAUUUCAAAGCCAUUAUCAACGAGAAGCACGAAGCUUACUUGAAGCAUCUUUCAGAGAGGGAAUUGGAGGCGAAAAGGGCAGCACAACAACAGCAGGAGCAGAGGCAGCGGCAAUGGGAUCUUCAAUCAUCAUCAACUAAGCCUCAAUCAGUAUCUCCUUCCUUCAAGAGCCCCUCGGAUAACGAUCAAAAACUACUCAAAAGCCUCAGAGAGCUUGGUUUCAACGAUAAAAAUUCUUUCAACAAUGCAACUGCUAAUAUACAAACUCUACCCACCUACCCAGUCAUACCGUCAUACACCGAACAUCGGCCCGAUGAAAGGUUUAUGUAUGAUCUGCCAACAGCGAAACCAUCAGCUCCAGAGCUUCCACCAAAGGAGAAACUGGAUGAACCGAAGACGAUAGAUUUUACAUCUCAAGAUGAACUUCAGCAUAAAACAACAAAUUUCACGGAGGGAGGAUCACCAAUGAGAACCAUUUUCCUUCCCUCUUCUCUCCAAUCAACCUUUCUCAAACUAGCCAAAAAGAACACCUCUCGCAAAUUAGAAACGUGUGGUAUGCUAUGUGGAAAACUUUCUCGGAAUGCUUAUUUUGUCACGCAUCUAAUAAUACCUGAUCAAGACUGCACGCCCAACACUUGCACCACCAAGAACGAGGACAAAGUGUUUGGGGUAGUUGAUUCGCUGGGAAUUUUUGUGCUAGGAUGGAUACACACCCAUCCAACACAGUCCUGUUUCAUGUCAUCCGUUGAUCUUCACACGCACCAUUCAUACCAGGUGAUGUUGAACGAGGCCAUUGCCAUAGUCUGUGCACCCAAGUUUGACCAGAUGGGCAUCUACCGACUUACGGAUCCACCAGGAAUUCCCACUAUUGCAAACUGCAACAAAAAGGGGUUCCAUCCACACGACGAGAAGAACAUUUACGUUCAAUGUGGUCAUUCGAGCCAAACAAAGGGUCACGUCAUUAUAAGAGACGGCUUGCCAUUUGAUGUCCAAGAUCUAAGAUGA